AUGUGGAAGACUAUUCUUCUCUUUCUGGCCGUGACUGGCCUCCAUGCUGUACCCCUGAGAGACAAUGUAAUUGGCCCGGUCCAAUCCAAGAAUAAUGUUCCAGUCGAGUCACGCAGACAAGGCACCCAACCCUCCCGGCGUCACCUGAUCAACCUGAACACUGGAUUGCUCAUAGAUUACGUCAGUGAGAUGGACAGGCACAUUGGGAACUUGUAUGUUCCCCCGAGUCCGAAUGAGUUCAGACAGGGCACCCAGAACUCACAAGCCACUCUAAUAGAUCAUAGAACCGGCGAGGUGCUGAAACCUGUUGGAGAGAUGCAGAGGAGCAGCACGCUGAGUGAUGCAGUCAAAGCUGAGCUACGUGCUGCAGUGGCUGAGCUCAAGUGUGAUGGUGAAGUAAUCAACAGCAAGUGUUACCACUUCUUCUCAAAUCCCCAGACUUUCGAUGAGGCAGAGUCCACCUGUGGACAGCUGUCACCAAAUGGACAUCUGGCCUCGGUGACCAGCCCUGACCUGCAUUCCAGACUUGUCUUCAUGGUGACAGAGGCUAACAAUGGUCCUGUUCUUACUUGGAUAGGAGGAGUCCUACAGGGUGACCAGCUACGCUGGUCCGAUGGGUCCUCUUGGACCUACAGCGACUGGAUGCCAGGUGAACCCAGGACAGAUGCAGAAAAAGAGAAAUGCCUGGAGAUGUUUGAGAAUGGCAAGAGAUGGUGGAGCAUAGCUGACUGUGAAUCCAAGAGAGCCUUCAUCUGUUCCUACUCGAUCACAGCAUGA